GGAAAGUCAUAUAAAGCCAAUUGCCAUGGUGCGAUGGGGUCUGUCGAACCACGAUCUCUUUCUUCUCUUGUAAUCGGCUCAAACUUGCUUUCGACUGUUAAAAAAAAAGACUAGACCAAACACAACACCCUCCCACAAUGUCGAGCAAACCCGUCAUCGUCCUCACCCCAGGAGCAUGGCACUCGCCAGAGCAAUUCCAAGACUUCCGCGACGAACUACACACAAGAGGCUGGGAGACUCACGGCGUGAGGAACCAAUCCGUCGGCUCUGAGCCGCCGACCAAGGGCUUAUACGACGACGCGGACGCCACCGCUGCCGUGUUACAAGAGCUCGCCGACCAGGGCAAACAGAUCGUUCUCGUCGCCCACUCGUAUGGCGGUCUUGCGGCGGCUGAAGGCGUCAAGGGGUUCGGGAUCAAGCAGAGGGCAGCGGAGGGCAAGCCCGGCGGCGUCAUCAUGUUUGUGUACCUCGCUGCGUUUGUGGGACAGAAGGGCCAGAGCAUCUUGAGCUUGACGGGCGAUGUGUACCCCCCGUGGACGAAAGUAGAGGACGGCCGAAUCUUUCUCUUGGCCACCGAUGAGCCCUUCUACGGAGACGUGCCCCCAGAGGCAAGGGAAAAGGCAAAGACCUUCCUCAAGCACCAGACGACGGUCUCGUUCGAGGAGGUAGUGACGUACGAGCCCUGGCACGACAUUGCUUGCAUGUACGUCGGCUGCGAGGACGACCAGGCGAUUCCUUACUUUGCGCAAGAGAAGAUGCAGGAGCUCCUGGGGCCCGCGGCGACCAAGUUGAAGUUGAAGUCUGCGCACUCGCCGUUCCUUUCCAUGGUGUCUGAGACGGCUAAUGCUGUUGAGCUUGCUGCGAAGAUGGGGCUGGAGUCUUUGUAGAGUUGGACUAGAGGUGUUGGGGGGGUUGAAGUGGUUCGGAUCGCUACGGAGGUGUGUGUUUUGAGUCCAGCAUUGUCAGCUAGAGGGUGAUGGCGUACCAUAGCUACGAGUGAUGACACUGAAUAAAUACUGUAUAUAUCCAGUAGAUCAGCUCCAAAGGUAAUCAGUUUGAAAAUUAAAGGAGACAAUGUCAGUGAUGGCGCUUGCAUCGUACUUGUUGCAACUUUGAUUAAGCUGAGAUAGAUUGUUGGUUGGAGGUUCAUCGUUCGUAAGGUUGUCGGCGGAAAGACGUUGAAAAUACCUCCAAAUGCGUCCCUCGCAUUGGCUUCUUCAUGCAUAUGGCUAUUAAACCCAACAAUGCCAUUAUAUGAUGUCGUCUCAACUUCAGUGCAACACAUGG